UAUAAUUGCAGUCAACAGUUUGUCGUCGCUUUCGCUGAAAACUAUUGCAUAGUAGGAUCCUGUAAAUAUUUCUAUAUUCCAAAGAUGAUUUCGGUAACUUGUGUAGCCCCUGUGAAUAUAGCUCUUAUAAAAUAUUGGGGAAAGCGUCACGAAGAGCUAAUUCUACCCGUCAACGACUCUAUUAGCAUGACUCUUAGCACAGAUGAGCUGUGCGCUAAAACAACAAUAACUGCUUCAGAAACUUUUGAAAAGAAUCGAAUGUGGUUAAAUGGAGAUGAAGUUCCUUUCGAAGAGGGUUCUCGCCUGAUGCGCUGCUUAAAAGAAGUUCAUCGGCUGGCUCUAGCAAAUGGCUCUCAGAAAGUUUUACCAUCUUGGAAAAUUCACAUUGCCUCGGUUAAUAAUUUUCCCACCGCAGCUGGAUUGGCAUCGAGUGCAGCUGGAUACGCCUGCCUUGUGUAUUCCCUAGCUCGUCUUUACGAAAUCCCACUUAAUGAGGAGUUGACCACGGUUGCCCGUCAAGGAAGUGGAUCAGCAUGCCGCAGUCUGUACGGAGGAUUCGUCCAAUGGCACCGCGGAGUCCUCGAUAAUGGCAGCGAUUCGGUUGCCAAGCAAAUUGCACCAUCAAACCAUUGGCCAAAUAUGCAUGUGCUCAUUUUAGUGGUUAAUGAUGAACGGAAAAAGACUGCCUCAACAAAAGGAAUGCAACAGGCUGUGAAAACAUCUCAACUAAUCAAGUAUCGAGUGGAUAAAGUAGUUCCCGAAAGGAUCCCAAAAUUAAGAGAAGCAAUUAAAGCUCGUGAUUUCCAUGCAUUUGCAGAGAUAACGAUAAAGGACUCGAAUCAAUUCCAUGCUAUUGCUUUGGACACUUAUCCGCCAUGUGUAUAUAUGAACGAUGUGUCCCACAGAAUUGCAUCUUUUGUACAUGCUUAUAACGAAAUAAUGGGAAGCUUAAAGGCUGCCUAUACAUUCGAUGCUGGACCAAAUGCAUGCCUAUAUGUUUUGGAGGAAAAUGUUCCGCAGCUGUUGUACGCAGUUCAAAAGGUGUUUCCAAGUGAUUCAAAGGACAGUCCUGCCUAUUUACGAGGUCUAUCCGUCCCAAAGGUUGACAAUAUUGAGGUUGCUCAGAAAAACAAAAUUGAUUUAUUAGAUGUUCAUUCGAAAAAUGCAUUUAGAUACAUUAUUCACACAAAAGUCGGUGAAGGACCGAAAGAAUUGAGCGCUGAUAAUAGUCUUAUGAAAAAUGGACUACCAUCGGUUCACUAAGAGAAACAAAAAAACUGCCUAUCUGUCACAAAUAUUUAUAAUCUUAAAUAUUCAUAUAAAAUAAAAAGAGGAGUUAGUUCGUUGUGUGGUUAAAAAUAUUAAGUUUUAGCUUGUAAAUAGCAAAUAUCCUUACGUUUAAAAUUAUUUAUUUUAUUUGUUUCACUUUUUAUAAUUCCAUUACAAAAAUAUUUUCUAUUAUCAAAUCAGAUAACAAAAAUAAUUUUAUAAAAGGUUUUUAGGUAACUAAUUUGUAAUAAAAUGUUUACAUUAUAAAUGGGUAUGUAAUACGUAAUAAAGGAGAGACCUAACAAAAA